AACUUCCGACUUCCGGUCGGGCCGCCAUCUCGCCGUGAGACAGCAGGAGCAGAGUCGGCGAUGUCGUCCUGUGCAGCCGUGUCUUGGGGCCCCAGCCGAAACCCGGUGAUGGAGCCGCACAGCGCCGGCCCCGUGCAGCUGCGGUUCUCGCCUUACGCUUUCAACGGAGGUACAAUAUUGGCAAUCGCUGGAGAAGAUUUUUCAAUUGUUGCUUCUGAUACUCGAUUGAGUGAAGGCUUUUCCAUCCACAGCCGGGACAGCCCUAAAUGUUACAAAUUAACAGAUAAAACAGUCAUUGGAUGCAGUGGUUUCCAUGGAGAUUGUCUUACCCUGACGAAGAUUAUCGAAGCAAGACUAAAGAUGUACAAGCACUCCAACAACAAGGCCAUGACCACGGGGGCCAUCGCCGCGAUGCUGUCCACGAUCCUCUACUCGCGGCGCUUCUUCCCCUACUACGUCUACAACAUCAUCGGGGGCCUGGACGAGGAAGGGAAGGGGGCUGUGUACAGCUUCGACCCGGUGGGGUCCUACCAGAGGGACUCCUUCAAGGCCGGAGGGUCGGCGAGCGCCAUGCUGCAGCCCCUGCUCGACAACCAGGUGGGCUUCAAGAACAUGCAGAAUGUGGAGCACGUCCCGCUGACCUUGGACAGGGCCAUGCGGCUCGUGAAGGACGUCUUCAUCUCUGCCGCCGAGAGGGACGUGUACACGGGGGACACGCUCAGGAUCUGCAUCGUGACCAAGGGCGGCAUCCGGGAGGAGAGCGUCCCCCUGAGGAGGGACUGAGGCCCUCGGGAGCGGCCCCACUGCCGCCCGC